CAGCAGCUCACCUCCAACUAUGACCACCACCGAUAUGAGCAUGGGCAAGAUCAUCUUCUACGAGGACAGGAACUUCCAGGGUCGCUCCUAUGAGUGCAUGAGCGACUGCUCUGACAUGUCCUCCUACCUGAGCAGGUGCCACUCCUGCAGGGUGGAAAGCGGCUGCUUCAUGGUCUACGACCGCACUAACUACAUGGGAAAUCAGUACUUUGUCAGGAGGGGCGAGUACGCUGACUACCAGCGUAUGGGUAUGAGUGACUGUAUCAGGUCCUGCCGUAUGAUCCCCAUGCACAGAGGUCAGUUCAGGAUGAGGAUCUACGAGAGGGAGAACUUCGGUGGUAUGAUGCAUGAGCUGAUGGACGACUGCGACAACAUGAUGGACCGUUACCGCAUGUCUGACUGCAUGUCCUGCCACGUCAUGGACGGCCACUGGCUGAUGUACGAGCAGGCCCACUACAGAGGCAGGAUGAUGUACAUGAGGCCUGGAGAGUACAGGAGCUUCAGGGACAUGGGCUACAGCGGCAUGAGGUGGAUGAGCAUGAGGCGUAUCAUGGAUUCCUGUUAUUAG